AUGUGUGAUUCAGCUUGUGAAAACGAUGAAUGGAUGGAGUUCCUUAAUGAAUUUACAAAGCCUUUAGAGUCUUUUAAAAAUGAUGAGGGUGAAGAUGACCCUGAGUAUAAUGUUCUUGGUGAUGAUGAUUUUACUUAUGUUGAUAAAGAAGAAUUUCGUAUUGAUAAAUCAGUUAAGGUCACUUGUGAGGAGUAUAAUGAUUUAAUGAAUGAAUUGAACGAAUUUACUGAUAGUUUCCUUGAAUUCAAUGGUGUAGAAAGAUUUGAAACUAAUACCGAUAUCAAAGAAAUUGAUAAUGAUAAAAAUACUGAUAAACCUAAAAAUGAUACUCAAUCUAUUCCUGCUUAUAACUAUUCGGAUGGGAAAUCAAGCAUUAAUUUUUCUUUUCAUAAUAAAAAUGAUAUUAAACGUACAAAUUAUACUACAUCUAAUCCAGUGUUUUUGUUAAAUUAUUGUAAUGGGAAUUCAAGUACCAAUUGCUCUACAAAUAAUUAUGCAGUACCAAUAGGGGUGGCCAGAUGUAAUACACAAAUAGAUAAACAAUUUAAUGUUUCAGAGUUUAACAAUAGUCUGCUUAGUAUUAAUGAACACCUUGAAAAGCGUAGCUGUAUACAUCCUCCUUUACCAACAUUUAAAGAAAAUGUUCAGUUAGGCAUUGAACAGCAUAACAAUAGUAAUGAAGAUGUUUCUGUGAUAACAAAUAUAGUUCCUCAAUAUGUAUAUACAAGCAAUCAAGUAAAUAUAAUGACACAAAAACAAAUAAUUUUAUUUAAACAACAACUCACACAACAUGUCCAAUUAAUAACUCAAAGUUACUUGUUAUGCACAAUGUCAAAAAAGUUCCAAAUUAAUUGCAGAAAGUAUAAAAUUAUGUUGGAACUAAUAAAAGAUAUGUGUAAAGAUAAAAACUAUGCACCAAUUAAUGCACAUUCCGCUUUAAAGUUUAUUCGAGAUUGGACUGAAUUUAAAACCAGCGAAAAAGAUAUUAAUAGUGACUAUGUUCUACUACCAUUACAUGUGGAAGAAUUUAUGCUAUAUUAUGAUGAACCUGUAUUUAUCUAUCCUCAAUUGUUACCAACAAGAACUUACCGUCAUGAAUGUACAAAUCAACCUAUUGGACCUUCUGAAGAAAAAUUUCUGGUACUAAAAAUAGAUUAUAUUUAUAAGAAUUUGAAAGAGGGUUGUAAUACUCGGGCAAAAUAUAAAAAAAAUAAUUUAUCUGAUUUGAUGCCAAUAAUAUUAAAAACUGUACAUAAAAGAUGGUUUUUAAACAGAAGUUUAAUAUAUCUAAAACAGCACAUAACACGUCAGAAAAACUCAUUUGAAAUGAACAUUAUUAAGAAUUAUUUAACACAUGGUAAAAUUGAAGAAUCUGCUUAUGUAAUUGACAUUAAAGCUCUCUUUAAAGGAAACCGUUUAUAUGAGUGUGAUGUUCGAAAGUUUCCAUCAAGUUGGAAAUGUAUAAGAAAUCAAUUGAAGUUAAAAAAAUAA